AUGCCUAACGUGGAAAUUCAGGAUGUACAGGUGAGUGUUCAGAGUCAGCAGAUGAAGAUGGAGGUGAUGGAGACGUCCAGCCGGCCUGAUCUGACAGCAGCGCUUCGAGACAUUAGAGCUCAGUAUGAGAGCAUCGCCACCAAAAACAUGCAGGAAUCUGAGGAGUGGUACAAGUCCAAGUUUGCUGACCUGACUGAUUCGGCUAAGCGCAAUGCUGAGGCCAUGAGACAGGCUAAGCAAGAGAACAAUGACCUGAGGAGACAAAUUCAAGCCCAGAACUGUGAUAUCGAUGCUCUCAAGAGCACUAAUGAGGCUCUGGUGAGGCAGAUGAGAGAAAUGGAAGAGCAGUUUGCUGCAGAGGCCGGAAACUAUCAAGAUACUGUGUCCCGUCUGGAAGACGAGAUACGGCACCUGAAGGAGGAGAUGUCACGCCACCUGCGGGAAUACCAGGAUCUGCUCAACGUUAAGAUGGCCCUAGAUAUUGAGAUUGCCACCUACAGGAAACUUCUGGAGGGAGAGGAAAACCGAAUUGUGGUUCCUAUCAUGAAAAUGCCUUCAAUGGGUGCACACAGUGGUGAUUAUGGUCAGUUUUCUGAUACUGGACCUGGAAAGAAAGUCGUAAUCAAGACUGUUGAGAUUCGUGAUGGAGAGGUGGUGAAAGAAUCUACAAAAGAAAAGAGCAGAGAUGAUAAAAAAGAUUCAAAUGGUCAAGGAGAAUCUGACAAAGAUUAGAGCGUGCAGAUAAAUGAAUGCUUGAUGAGUUAUGUGUUGCGGUUUUAAAGGGACUGUAAUGGUAAAAUGUAGGCACACGUGCGGUUUACGAUGAUGCUUGUAGUGUAGUGAAUAAUCAUGUGACUCAGUAUUGUGUAUAAUAUGGUGCUAUUACUAUAUAUGAGCAUAACAUGACAAUGCCUUAACUAAUAAAUCAUGUAUGCAGACCUAAUAAAGUCACUAACAAGAUGCCCAACAAACAAUUACUUACAGAUAACAAAAACAAUAUUUCAGAAGUUCACGUCAAUAUAAUCUUCAAAUAAAUGU